AAGAUUCGUCCCCCACCACUCUCCGCAUCCCAUCACCUGCGUCAUCCGUUGCUAGGAGGCAGCAUCAAGAAGCUAAUUCAGGGUCCUCUGAUCCUGCGGCCGCUUGUCCCGCAACGAGGCACUCACUCAGGCGCCCUCACGCAGCAGCGGCAGCAGCAGCGGCAGCAGCGGCAUCAUAACCCCGCAUGUGCGGCUGCGCUCCAGGAUCCCCCCCCCUGCAUCGCAGUAGAGGGUUUCAGAUCAUCCCUGAAAUCCAGGCUAAGAGGUUCAGACCAUCAUCAUUAAUUCUAAAUCAUCAUCGUUGAUAUUACUGUCAUCGUGGUCACUGGAUUGUAAGCCUCAUCCCUAACUCUAACGUCAACACUGCUUCUGACUCCUCACUUUGCAUCAUCAUCAAUCAAAUGAUCGUUAAAUAUAUAAAUAAAAAUUCCUUAAAAUCGUCACUGCAAUAUUAAGUUCCUCCUUAAGGAUAACAUCAUCCCUGCACUGUCUCCCCACUUAUCAUCAUCCUAUAUUAUCAUCAUCAUCAUCAUACGUGAUCAUCACCAUCACUCGAAUUCCACCCCUGCUCUGCACGUCGCCUGUCCACUCGGAGCCGCUCCGAGUUCGAGGUGGCGAGGAGCAGCGUGGAGGGGGCUGGGGAAGGAGGAGGAAUCGAGAAAAUAAUAAAGGAGGAUAAAGAGGAGGCACAACAACAGCAGCGGGACACGGAGGAGCUCCGGGAUCAGGAGGCUAAAGUCAAAAGGAAGAACAGGAGAAAGAUAAUUGCAGAAAAACAUCAGCAGGAGGAUCGAUAGAUUUUGAGUUAUAUAGGAAGACGAUUUGAGUGUAGAAAGAUCAGUAGAGGAUCGCGAGGAUUGAGAGGAGGAUCGAUAGAGUAGGAAGAUCAACAAAGAAUCAUCGGGAGGAGGAGGUCACGAUACGUUGCUCUUGUGGGAUGCGCGCCGUCCCCUGCGGGCCGGGACGAGGCUGAGUGGCGAUGUGAGCACGAGCGAGGGCGACACGAUGAUGAUGACAGAAGCGCACGUGAGCGAGGUGGUGGUGGUGGUCGCGUGUGCCGAGGCGGUGGAGGCGAUGUCCCUCUCGCCGGGCCCCGCGCAGAGCGGCCAGAUUCUCCCGGAGAAGGUGGCGCCGAAGCCCGGGCCUGGCGCGGCGCUGCCCUGCAUCGUCCUGGACGCAGAGGACGCCGUGGUGGAGAGCGGAGAACUCCGCUGGCCUCCGUGCCUCGCCCUAAGCCUCGCCGCCUCGUCCGACCUCCAUCAAGACCCCGGUUCGAGUCCCGACCCGGGCCGCUCAACUCUGGGACGCGUCGAGGAAUCGACCUCGAUGCCGGCUACGGGGUUCUGCCGGCAGACGAAUUCAGCCGCGGGCCGUGUCCUCGAACUCGUGAUUGACCUCGACAUUAACUCUGCCGCUGCCGCCAACCUUGACCCCGACUCUGGCUCUAGCCACGGCCCGGAGAUAGUGGUGUCCAGCCUUGACCCCGCGGAGCCAGCGGAGAGUGGGGAGCUCAUGUGGCCUCCUGCCCACCUCAUGGUCAAAGAGGAAGAGGACGAUGAUGAUGAUGACGGUGGCGGCGAUGAAGCUGUUGUUGAUGAUGAUGGAGAGGUCUUCGCAGAAAACAUUAAGGGGAAAUUCCAAGCUUGUGGUGGUGGUGGCGGUGAAGACGAUGAUGUUGAUGAUGAUGGAGAUGAUGAUAUGAAAGAGGUUCCAGAUGAUCGCUAUGACACUGCUGCGGUCACGUCGAUGGAACCAGACGAAGAUAGCCACGCGGUUCUGGAGUUGGUGGAUCCACGUGAAGAUGGAGCUGAGCGGACGGGGAAUUUUGGGGAAGGCGUCAUACAGGCGGGAGCGCGCGGGAUGGAGGCGUGCGUUUCCAUGGAGGAGGAAGAGGAGGAGGAAGAUGAGGAGGGGGUUGAGUUUGAGGAAGUAGGGGAAGGAGAUGAGGAGGAAGUGGAUCAAGACGAAGGAGAUGAUGAUGAUGAUGAAGAGGAGGAGGAUGAGGAGGAGGAGGAAGGAGUCUGCGGCCCGUAGCGAGGAGCACUCAUCUCACGGUCGCGUUUAUCCCGGGGUCUUCUCUUCUCCGUCAUCCCGCGCCUCCGUGCGAGUGCGCGCGCGCGUGGCUCUCUCUCUCACACACGCACACACAC